AAGCCCUCAUUUUGUACUGCUGCUGUAGAGAGAGAGAGAGAGAGAGAGAGAGCACAGAAACCAAACCCUAAUCAUGGCGGCAGCAGCGAGGGCUUUGUCGACGAAGGAGGCAGACAUUCAAAUGAUGUUGGCUGCCGAAGUCCAUCUCGGCACCAAAAAUUGCGACUUUCAGAUGGAACGUUACGCCUUCAAGAGAAGGAACGACGGUAUUUACAUAAUCAACCUUGGGAAAACAUGGGAGAAACUUCAGCUUGCUGCCAGGGUUAUUGUUGCCAUUGAGAACCCGCAAGACAUUAUUGUUCAGUCUGCUAGGCCCUAUGGUCAGAGAGCUGUCUUGAAGUUUGCUCAGUACACUGGUGCUCAUGCCAUUGCUGGUCGUCACACUCCCGGAACAUUCACUAACCAGCUUCAGACUUCAUUUAAUGAGCCUCGCCUUUUGAUCCUAACUGACCCAAGAACUGAUCACCAGCCUAUUAAAGAAGCUGCUUUGGGAAACAUUCCCACCAUAGCUUUCUGUGACACUGAUUCCCCGAUGAGGUAUGUGGAUAUUGGCAUCCCUGCCAAUAACAAGGGGAAGCACAGCAUUGGUUGUCUGUUCUGGCUUCUGGCAAGGAUGGUUCUGCAGAUGCGAAAUUCGAUUCCUCAAGGCCAUAAGUGGGAAGUGAUGGUUGAUUUAUUUUUCUACCGGGAGCCCGAGGAAGCAAAGGAACCAGAAGAAGAAGAAGCAACUGCUGCACCAGAUUAUGCAGAUUAUGGAGCUGCUGCACUUGGUGGUGCUGGUGACUGGGGUGCCCAAAUUACUGAUGCUCAAUGGGCUGGUGAUGCAGUUCCAGCUGCCAUUCCUGUGGUUCCUGCAAUUGGUCGGGCUGGUGAUGCAGUGCCAGUUGCUGGUGAUGGUUGGGAUACGGCAGUGCCAGUUGCUGGUGAUGGUUGGGAUACUGCAGUUGCACCACCAUUGCCACCACCAAUUGACGGAGCAGCGAGUGACUGGGUAUGAGAAGAGAAUGUCAGCAAUAACUUUUACUCGAGACUCUGUUUUCGGUCUUUUUAGUCUUUCGUGAGACUUUAUUCUUACUUCUAUAAGUUUUUGUAUGGAGGCAAACAUAGAUUUUGGCAAACGAUUUAGUCGCGGUUGUUGCUUAAGUUGUAGAGAAUUUUGAGAAUGCUGGUAUCCUAAAUGAUGUUUUUACUUUUUGGCCAUGCA